UUGGUCGAUAACACGGAGUCAAAGGCAAAUGAAAACUUCCUGUUCCGCUGGCUGAAGGUUCGCUGGGAAGUCGUGGUUUCUUUAGAGUAUAAAUUUGUAUGGAGGUUUUGGAGCAUUUUGUUUAGGACAUACACAAUGAUUGAAGUGGUGUGCAAUGACCGUUUGGGAAAGAAGGUCCGAGUAAAAUGCAACCCUGAUGAUACAAUUGGUGACCUGAAGAAAUUAAUUGCAGCACAGACUGGAACCAGAUGGGAUAAAAUUGUGCUAAAGAAAUGGUACACAAUUUUUAAGGAUCAUGUGUCGUUAGCAGACUAUGAAAUUCACGAUGGGAUGAAUCUGGAGUUGUAUUACCAGUAGUGGCCCAAGAAUGGCAGAAUAUUCCAUCGUGCACUCUGCCUGUAGCUCUCCUGUGGUGAAACAGUGAGGGGCAUUACUAAUAAAAUUUGUAAUUAUGUUUUGUGUCUAUAAAAUCAGAUUUUUAUACUUUG